GUCGUUUGAGAUUGGGCCUCAACUCUUUCGCAACCGAAUAAUUGCGUCAGUAAUCGACGACACCAACAAUGGCCGUUAACAGAAAAACCCUAGAUUCUAUCUCCCUUGUCCCACUCAACAACUAUGGAUCUUUUUACAUGGAAUUGGAAGCCAGUCUUGCCUCUUCUCCUCUUCGCCUUUCUCUUCCUUUACGAAGAAUGGGUCUCCAUUCCUUCCUGCGCCGUUGUACCCAGCAGCAGCCCGGACCUUCAUGCAGAAUACGACACCGUCAAAGAGGGUAACCAAGUGGAGGGUUUGAAAGUCAUGAUAGUCGCCAAUUUGUUACUCUUUGCAUCCGAAGCUGGUUUUUUUAACCAAUAUUUUAGAGACUAUUACAUGUCCAAGUUCUUCAAGAAAUCAUUUCAUAGUUUGAAGCCUGAUAUGCUGUUAGUACUGGGAGAUAUUUCGGCUAAAGGAUUUGAGUUGAAUAAAACUAAGUGGGUCUCUUUGCUGCAUCAGUUUCAUCAAAUGCUGGGACCUUUUCUUGAGCUCCCUUUUCAUGUUGUUCUUGGUGAUAGGGAUGUUGGGGAAUGCAAUAAGCUUGAUGCAAGAUUUGUCCACUGGGUAUCUAGAAGUUUUCCUGGUUUAGAUUCAGCCGGUUGCGGUGCCUUUGAAAUUAGCAAUGUUAGCUUUGUUUCACUUAAUGCUGUUGCAUUGCUUUGUGGCAAUAAUAAGCUACGGUUUAGUGUCGAGAGGACAAUAGAGACGGAAAGUAUAGAUCUCCGAAUGGAAACAGACGGCAUUACUGAAUUGGUGGAUGAUUCUGGAAAACUUAGGCAAUUGCCUGAUAGCUUUAGGUGGAGAGAGAAUGCAAUGUUAUCUGGAUCUGGCCCUGUCCUGUUACUUCAUUUUCCUUUGUAUCGGACAGCAAAUGACAGUUGUCGGGAAGACAAGAUUUUUGAGAAGGAUCCUAGAUUGUCUUCACAUGGCUCAAGAACACAACAGAGGGAGUUUACUAAUAGUGGACCCUAUGAUUUAUUGCAUACUGUCCCCCCAAAUGCUACUGAAUAUAUUUUUCAAGCGCUCAAACCAAGGAUCAUUUUCAGUGCACAUACCCAUGAAUUCUGUGACCAUACUCACUCGGAUGGGACACGUGAGGUGACUGUUCCUGCAAUGACAUGGAAACUGAGGGACGAUCCUGGUUUUAUCAUUGCCACCUUCCAUAGGGAUAGAAAAGCUGUAAGUGUUAGCUACUGUUCCCUGGCUAGAGAAUCUCAUGUGUUAUUAAUGUAUAUUUCUUUUCUGAUUCUGUUCCUCACCAUAUAUCUGGUGUCAAAUACACCACAGCUUAGAUGUUUAAGAUGAUGAUGGGGGAAUACUGUUCUACAUUACUUGUUGUACAUUAUAGAGCAAAAUUUUAAUCAAAUGUUCAUGUUUCUUCACAGAGCAAAA